AUGGUAAACUGCAAGGGCGUCGUGAGGCCACCCAAGAGCCCCGUGAACCAGGAGAUCUGUCGCUACUGUAGAACGACAGGAUCUUCGAAGAAAAACACAGAGAUGGAGCAGUCUACAGUGGACUUUCGUCGACGUCGACACACGUCAUCUAUCGCCCCGUCGAGACCAUCCAGAGCUCGACAAUUGCUACUAGCGAAUGCCACAGAGCUGCAAGCUGCACGGAGACAUCAGAACGCUACGGAGCUGCACACGUCGACGUCAAUGUCGUGUGAUUUUACACAGACAACAGGCCGUAUGGUCAUCCGUGAUGCCACUUUGACUGAGUCCAGAGAUAGGGAGCUUGCGACGACGACAGGUUCCAAGCCAACUCUCGACGUGUCGGACGAGUCCACUGAGAUGAGACUGUCAACAGUUGAUCUGAGACUGCCCAAGUACAAGGUGGACGUACCGGUACCUACAUCCACCAAACGAGGACGACGCGUGUCAGCUGCUGGUCCGUCCAACAGUGCGCUCACUCCGAUUUCAAUUGAGCAUCUCGCAGCCAUCGACGCGAAACUCUCGUCCGUCGAGCUUGAGUUAAAAAGAUAUGAUGCGCAUCCCAAAGAGCAGCCGAAGCAACCGAAGACAGUGACCAAACGUUCGAAGAAAACGGAGAAGUUCAGUGAACCGAUCGACUUUCACCUGUCGACUGUGGAUCUACGACCACAUCGACAUACUACAGUGAACACGGCGAGUACGACGCAGAAAAUUUCACGGCAUAGAAACGGAGGGUCGAAGGUGGACGAGGUGGAGCUACGCGGGCUUGAAUCUUCUCGACGGAAAAAAGAUGUCGAGCCCAUUGAUUUCCACUUGUCGACGUUUAACCUCAAGCCACGAAGACACGAGGAUCGUCGAACAGAGUCUCGUGGUAAGAAAGAGAAGAAGGAAAAGAAGAAGGAAGAGACGAUUCCGAAAUACUCCAAGGACGAACCGUGCGAUUUAGCGUACUUGUCGAAUUUCCGAUCGUACACGGUAUAG